AUGUUUACUGGAGUACGUUGACGUCUAGCUUAAUGACAACACGGCAGAUUGGUGCGGGUUUCGUCUUUUUCCACUCAUCUAUAAAAUGAAUUAAAUUUGAAGUGUUGAACAAAAACCAUCGACAACAAUUGUGCUAAAUCCACCUGUGUAAAUAAGUGCCAACCUGUGCGUUUAACUUACGUCUCCAGGAAGCGUUUCAUGCGCUAAUUUAGCAAGACACUUGCUGCCGCCGACGACGCUCCCAAGAAAUUCUUUAGCCUUAAGCAUUCGCAUCACAAGAGUCGUCAGCCAGCUGGAGCGGGAAGCGAGAGAGCUUUGCCUAACGAUAAUACCACGUAUGCAAACAAAACAAUAAAACAAAAAAUAAAAUUAAGCGUAGCUUAUCUCUUUGGCAAGAUGAUUCCGCUAACGCACAAGGAUCGAAGCAAUUUUGGCUACCGUAUCAAGGAGAACUUAAACAGCUGGAAGCGUCUCAUAUUCUCCGAUCGCAAUUCCCGCAAUUUGUUUCUUUUCCUAUUGCUCAAUUUGAGUUUUGCUUUCGUUGAGCUGUUUUAUGGCAUUUUGACAAACAGCUUAGGCCUCAUCUCCGAUUCGUUUCACAUGUUCUUCGACUGCACGGGUCUUUUAGCUGGUCUGGCUGCGUCAGUGAUAACAAAGUGGAAGGCCAAUGAUAAGUUCUCUUAUGGCUAUGUGCGAGCUGAGGUAUUGGCGGGCUUUGUGAAUAGCUUGUUUUUGCUCUUCAUUGCCUUCUUCAUACUGUCGGAGGGCGUAGAGAGACUAAUCGAACCGCCAGAAGUGAAGCACGAACGGUUAUUUGUCGUAUCCGUGCUUGGUCUACUCGUCAAUCUCGUUGGCAUAUACGCCUUUAAUCACGGGGGUCAUGGUCACUCCCAUGGCGGAGGUGGUGGUCAUGGACAUGGGCAUUCUCAUGGCGGCGGCGGUUCCAGUCAUGGACACUCUCAUAACCACAAUGAACUCAACAAUCACAACCAUCAAGCGAUUUCAUUGGAUAAUGGACAUGGUCAUUCACACGAUCACAGCGGGAGCAGCAGCAGCCAUGGACACUCCCAUGAUUUAAGUGGAAGCGGCAGCAAUUCGCAGAUAAUGCGUGGUGUCUUCCUUCACAUUCUGGCCGACACCCUUGGCUCCGUGGGCGUCAUUAUAUCGGCAGUGCUAAUGCAAAUGUUUGGAUGGAUGAUCGCGGAUCCGAUUUGUUCAAUUUUCAUCGCAAUUUUAAUAGCUCUAAGUGUGCUAAGUUUAAUUAAGGAAUCCAUACUAAUCCUUAUGCAGCGUCAGCCCAGCACAUUGGACCGAUCGCUGUUGCAGUGCUACCAGAAAGUGACUGGCUUGGCUGGUGUUUAUUCCGUGCAGGAGCCGCACUUUUGGACCCUCUGUUCAGAUGUCUUUGUGGGUGCCAUCAAGCUUGAGGUGUCGAAGAAUGUUGAUCCCACAUAUGUGGUGACGCAUACGCGAAUGAUCUUUGAGUCUGUUGGUGUCAAGCAAAUCUAUGUACAGCUCGAUUAUGUGUGAUUAACGAAGAUCUAAACAUUAUGCCUAAUAACACCUAAUAUAUAUAUAUAUAUAUAUAUAUAUAUAUAUGUUUGAUCACUAUGUAUAUUGAGCAGCGUGUUGUGUAUGUAGUAUGUAACGAUGAGUGUUUUUUACCUAAAUUUUAGUUAAUUAAGCUGAAUGCAAUGCGCGAUAAAAUUGAAUCAAAAGAGCGGACUGUAAAGUAUAAUCUAAUCGUACCGAUAAGCUUGUCGAAAGUUUUGUUAAUUUAUUUUUUGUAAAUUGUUAAUACAAUUCAUUCCAAACAUACAUAUAACAUAUAUCAAAGCCUAUCACAACUUAGUGCAACAUUGCAGCUGUUGCUGUUUCCAUAUACAAACUUAGUGUAAUUGUAAUAUAUAAGUGUAAAAUUUUACAUUGAAAAUAGUACACACAAUUAUCUGAGAAGUCCUUUUUUUUAAACAUAGACAGAACAAACUAACACUUAAAUCAUUUGACUGAAAAAAAUAAUUUAAAGACUCAUUCUAUUUUGCUUAAAUGGGAGUCUAAAAACAAAAUGCAAUUAUAAACAAUUGUGCCGCAUCAAAAUUAUGAACGAAAUAAAACGAAAUUGUUAAUAUAUUUUAUAAAAAAAAAAAUGUACCAAUUAAUGAACUUCGCGCAUGUUUUCCUUUUUAUGCU